UAACAUUCUAAUAGGCAAGCGGCACUGAUUGGUCAACCUUUACAGUCAUGUGCUCGUGUUUCUAAGUUCUUUCACUUGCUCUAUCUCCAGCAGCUUGCAGAAAAUAUAGCUAGAAAAAUUUCCAACUUUCUCUGACAUAGAGCAGGGUUACAAUUAUCAACUGGCGUCAGAUAAGACAUCCAAAGGAUGAAAACAGUACUUAACAGAUUAAAGCAACAAUUAUCAAAGGAUGCCAUUUUAUCUAAAUUCAAAGAUUUGAAUAAUCACAGAAAUGAAAGUAUUUGUAAGCUUUUCUGUUCAAAUUUUUCACUUCAUUUAUUGCAUUUGAAAUAACUUUAUGUUUGUAUAUUUGUAUGAAGGUAUGUUUAUGUUCAUACCAAAAGUGGAUGACUACGCAACAACAACAACAACAUCUUUCCUAGAUCUGCCAACAAAAUAAUGGAGGAGGGCAAGGUGCAGGAAACUGAUUUAACGUUUCAAGCUUCAAAAGUAAAUUAUAUACAGUCCCUGGAAUCAAAGCUUACUAGAAUGAAAUAUGGCAAGAAUCAUGGUUCAGCUGCGUCAAUGAUCUCAACACUUAAGAUGGCAAAAGAAGAUUCUGCAAGGAUUUUAAUAGAUGGAGCAAUUAGUUUAGACACAGGGAGAAACGAUGAACAGUUUACAUUUCUAGACAAAAUGUACUUGAAAAACCCUCUCUACAGACACACGUUUCCUGAAACACAGUCACUAGGAACAGAUGAAAAAGCAUGCCUAAUUAAAAAUGACCAACUACAAAGGCUUGGUGAAGAAGAUAAUAGCUCUUAGAGAUAAUGCUUUUUAUGUAACCUUUCGAUUUAUUAUGGCUAAAUUUCAAAGGUACUUGAAUAAAAAUUUCUUUGUUUACAUAAAUUCAAAUUUAGUAAAAUAUACUAUCUCAUAUUCAAACUCAUUUUUUUAAAAGUGAAAUGCCAAUUUACAGUUUGCAGUCCUUCUGUUGCAAAUGUUCAAGCCCCUUUUCAAAUAUCAUCAAAGUCUGGAAAAUCACCCUGUUAUGAUGCAAAAGUUUUCAAUUGGACAAAGAUUCAAAUUCAGAUUGAUAGUGUAUGGAGACUCAGUCCACUCAGGUUCUUUGAAUCAGAAAAAAUAUUCUUAUUUCCAUUGGUAUUCCAUCUAUCUUGAAUUUAUUUUUUUGAUUUGCCAAGAGUCAAUUUAAUUCUCAAUCUGCAAUGAAUACAAAUAAAACUCCCCUUCCUAGACUGCUUGGCAUAGUCGCCAGAUAAGUUAUAAUUUUAAUUUACUUUUUAUUCAAUAUUGUUUGCACUGUAGGCUCAGUCCACUAACCUGAUUAUUCCCCCAUUCACUUUGCAUUAUUCACGUUUGUCAAAAAUUAUCUUAACUUUCGGGCAUAUUCUCAUUUCAUUAUCAAAACCUUGACCUUAGCAAUCUAGUAUAAGAAUUUUUAAAUGCCUAACAGGUCGUCAAAUAUAUUUCUAUUUCUAUUUAUUUUUUCAGUAUAACUGUGUUUUUUGGUGAAGUUAUUUGAAUUUGCAACAUAUAGCUUCCUGAGCAGGGGCGAAAAUACCGGGGGGGGGUGUGUGUGGGGGGGGGGGUGUGACACCCCCCCCAAUCUUGAAAGUAGUCGAUUUCGCAGGGCAAUCGAAGAUUUCGCAGGGCGCCAAGAAGAGCUUUGUUCCCACGCAGAAAUGUCACCUCUGAAGUUCGUAAAGGGCCGUUUAGGAAUUUUGAAAUGGAAAUAUCAUAUUUGUUAUGAACCUACCUUCCUGAUAUUGCAUUUUAGAGAACGGAACAGGUAUGUAAGGAAAAGCUCCGUUAUUUGCAAAGCGAAAUCAUUUCUUACCGAAAGUCAUAGCCAAUGGAUGCAAUGAUUGAUGCAUAUGUUUAUGAGGGCAAGGUUGAGUCCAUAUAAAUUAAUUUAAGUUGUAAAUUAUUUUCAUGACAGGCACGGCGUCACUGGGGGGAAUAGGGGGCUGAAGGCCCUCACUUUGGUCAAAAUAAGACUUUUUUUAUCAUUUUUUCUAUUAAUUUUUAACAGUGCAUGAAAUAAAAAGAGAGUAAACUGUUAAGAUGCCGAUUUUGUUUGAUCUAAUUACUAACUUUUUCAUGUAUAUUUUUAGUAUUUUUCUUUUAUUCGCAUUAAUUCAGUAAAUAACUUUCUGUAUCAUUGCAAUGUUUUAAUUUUGGAUGGCCUUCUCGAUACAAGAAACUGCACAUUUCUGUUCAGGAAAUAAAAUUCUCCCAAUCAAAACAACAUCUUCCUCUGUCAUUCACAACUAUGUGCAGUCUGAAACGAAAGGUUGACGUUUCUUUUCUUCCCCCACGUCUAUCACUAGAGUUUUAGCAUGACAUGCCCCUUCCUAUUUUUCCCAAUAAACAAUAAUCAGUUUUUUAGCACAAUAGUAUUUUGCUAAAUUUUAGUCUGAAAGAUGCUUUUUAGCCCUAUUACAAGGUAUAAUUUCAAAAAUUUUCUUCACGUCGGACCCAACCAUGGUGGGUCCUCCUAUAUCACUAAACUUGAUUCUUAGUCCCCCCGGGCUCAAUUUCGUUGCUUCGCCCAUAUACUGCACCAAAAAAUCAUAUGCCACGAGAUAGAAGCUUUAUUAUCAAAGAAAAUCAAAUUUGACAUAUAAUUUACGCUCACGUAGAGAAAUAGAUAUUUCAUAGGCAAUGAAGUUUUAAGUUUGUUUUAAUUGCUAAGAGGUUUUCCUUGGUAAAGACCAGUAUACACUGGUGAAGCUUUCACUAGUAACCUAUAGAGUAUAGACAAACCUUUGCUACGAGGUCUGCAGGGCAUCACUCAGUUUUGCAGGGCAGAAACCCUUUUCACCCCCCCAAACCUACUGGCCAAGUUACGCCCCUGUUCCUGAGGAUCAUCAAAGAAAGCGCAGAGCUGAAGUGGUUUUUUCUGCAGAAUCGUGUUGGUUUCAAUUGUUUUCAUGAUUAAGAAUUGUCUAUUGCAGGUCCUUGUCACUUAAAACGCCUUGUUAAAACAUAGUCUAUGGUUAAAAGCACGAACAUUUUCAUCAUUGGCAGUUGUAUCCUGAUGAGAUUCUGGGUUUAAGUAUUCCUUUUUUCAUCGAUUCCUGUCCCUUUCAUAUUGAAUGGCAGCAGAAAAUCAUCGAAGGAUAGUGAGCCUUAAUGUCAAGGGUAUAGCUUGAAAAUCUGGUCUGAGUCAACUUUUGACAAGAAACGAUUGUUUUCUGUUGUACACGGCCUACCGAGGUUAACCAUUUGGCUGAUUAUAUGCUAUAUGUAUUCAGAUAUUUUUCUAUAAUAGUUACACAGCUGGAAAUGGUAUCUCGUCCUAAUACACCAUUAAGAAUAUGAUAUUUGGGACGAAAAAUCGACUCGGGUGCGGAUAGUAGUCCGACCAGAUUAAGAAUAAUUAUUGUCUUCAAAUCGACAGACAACAGACUGCGUUUAGAAGUUAAAACGACAGACUGUGUUUAGAAGUUAGCGAGCAAUAAAAAUUGUAUGGUUUGAGUGUCCUUGUUUACCGUGAAAUAAUCUUUUUCUUAUCCAUAGACAAUGUUUUGCUACAAUCCAGCAUCUUUUCAUAAGCUACGUUCCAGAGCUUCUGAACCUAACUGGUACAUAUUGAUUUCACCUGAAACGGUUGAAUACGAAAUUGAUAAGGAAGAAGAAUGGGCUGACCAAACAUAGUUUAACAAAUAGCCCGCUUAAUAAUAAAUGAUGUAAACACAUACCAGAGAUGAUGGCUUUUUUUAAGACAGGAAUGAUUUUAUAAGAUUCUUGUGAAUCGUUAACUCUUCACGUAGCAUGUUGUAUCCUCUAGAACUGCAAGUUUUAGUUGACAUAAUGUUUUAGGCAAAUAUAAAAACUAGAGCUGUUUUGUUUAAAAUUGUGACAGUGGAGCACCAGCUGACUGUUUUCCUUGAUCAGAGAAGGAUAUGUAAAGGAUAUCUGGAAGAAAUUUCAGGACGAAGAUUUUUGCCAAAAGCAACAAAUGUGCAGAAGAAAAGGUGGCCUAGCUUGGUUGCUAGCUAGCUCUGCUCACUAGCUAGCUCUGGCAUUCAAUCUUUAUUGGGUAAUAAAACAGAAGUUAUAAAGCUAAAAAAGCAGCAUGAAUCAAGUUGGACAUGUAUUAGGAUUUAUUAUCUUGGAUAACAUAAUCUUGUAUAUUGGAGCUGUAGUUUUCAUGUACACUGAAUACCGUUACAAGGAAGUCCAGCCUGCUCAAAACGCAACUCAGGUGAAAACUGAUAUAGAAGCAAUGAUCAAUCAGACACUGAGCGAAAUGCAAUUCAAUGAAAUAAUAUCGAGAGUUGAGAAAUACGUACACGAGUAUGAACCAAGCAAAUCGGCUAAAUAUACAUCGACGUGGAAGAAAAAGAUUAAUACAAGAACUUUCAUUCGAUGGUGUUACUUUGCAUAUACAAUAGUUACCACAAUAGGAUAUGGCGAUGUUGUUGUAGAAUCAAUUGCUGGAAAACUUUUCCUGUGCGUUUAUGCAUUUUUGGCAAUACCAGUUCACUUGUACACUAGUCACUUGAUUGGCAGAACAAUAAAUUACGUUUUGAAAAAGUUGCUAUAUGUCAUUGAAAUAAGGAUGCUGCAUCGGAAUAGUGUAGCACACAGAUCUUCCAAGCUCCUAAUAAUGACCAUCAUCUUGGGUAUUCUGUGGAUCUUUGUGUGUGGUGCAGCUAUAUUCAAAAGUGAAAAAUGGACCAUGACUGAUUCUAUAUACUUCUCCAUUGUAUCUAUGCUGACGAUUGGAUUCGGUGAUCUGACUAUUGAUAUAUUUGCGCUAUCACCGCUUCAUUUGUUCCUUGCAUUUCAGCUUUACGUUGGUACAUCCUUGCUUGCGUCCCUAAUUAAUGGCAUUGUUGACUUGUUGAAGAAAGAAGACAGAAAGGACGAAUACCACAUGUCACGGGAAGCGAAUGUCAUUCACAAUAAUAGUAAGGAAAAAUAUAUAGCAAAAUCGUCUUUUAGAAAUGUUGCUUUUGAAUUUCCUCCAAGCUCAGUGUGAAAGGCAUCAAGAGUAGUGCCACUCUUUUCUUAAUUUAAGCAGUGUAUUAUUUGUAAGUAGUUAUAAAGCAUUGUUUAUUUCUAAGUUUUAGUAACGGCCCCUGAAAAACAAUCUACUUAGAUUGACGGUGUUACAAUGAAUAAAUAAUUUAGAAUUAAUGAAGUAAACGAGGUUUCAGUGGCGCCGACGCUUAACAGAAAGAUGAGGCCUCUUGUGAGCAAAGCACAUAAAUUUUUCUUCGAUUAUACUUUUUAGAUUAGCUAGAGAUUCAUAUGAAAAUAAUUCAUGCAGUCAUCUUUCGAAAUUAUUAAAGCGUUUUUCUUUUUAAGGCAUGCAUUUUUAGUAUUUAUUAAUUCACGUCUUGAAACAAAAUUGAUUACCUUAUGACACCCCAAGACCUCGUGGCCCUGGGGCCAAUUGCUCCCUUCUGUCUUCCCUUUAAGAGGCUUUGAUCAAGAGACUAAAGCCCUAUUUACACGAGCAAUUUUUCCUUGGCAAUUUUCCUUGACAAGUUUCUUUGCCCGUGUAGAUUAUAAACAAGUUUUGUUUAAAAAUUUCUACACAUUUCGUGUAAUCUCUUUGACAAUUUCUAUUUGCGUUAUGGCAAGCGCAGUUUAUAGGUUAGCUUCGUUUUCUGACAGGGGAUCAUUUUUGCUCCAAAUUUUCUUGCAAAAAUGGCUCCUUUAACAAAAAAGAAACUUUUAUUUAUGUGUAGGACAGCUGCAGCACUAUUAAUGUACUAUGAAUCUAGGAAAAAAAGACAGCGAAAAAGGUGGGUUCAGCCUUGGGCGAGCCAUCUUCGCAGGCAGAUCAAAGGAUUAGCAGGAAACGUGAUUGGAGAACUGAGACUCGUAGACCAAAACAGUCUUUAAAAUUUUUUCCAGUAAGUCCAACGGUUAAAAUUUUGCGUUUGGAGUCUUCGAAAAUUUCAUUGGAAAUCUUAGCAGGCAAUAAUAUUUCAUUGGUGUACAUAUUUGCCUUUGUAUUCCAAAGGCUUUCGCGGCUUUGCAGAGCUUCCAAGAGCAUUGACGUUCCUUGAUCGGUCAAGAUUAACCUCGUGGCGGCCAUGACAGCCAAAAACAAGCAAUUACUUGCGCGGAAAGAAGGGUCUGGAAAUGAGUCAAAUUUAUCAAGUUUACUUGUCAAGUCAUCUACACGGGCAAGUUUUGCAUAUGACAAUUUUCUACUUGUCAAGUAAAAUAUUGUCAUUUUUCCUCAAUCUACCCCAAUCUACACGAGCAAAAUAAACUUUUCAAAGAAAGUUUGUCAAGGAAAACUCGUCGUGUAAUUACAGCUUAACAGUAUAUAAAAGUUAUGCUCAAAUUUUUGACUGCAUUUUACAGCGCGAGGAAAGCCUGAUUAAAUCAACUGCUCCAGAUAAUUAAUAUACAUGUUAUAUAUGCAUGUGCUUCUCGGUUUAUAGGUUCCAACCGAUAUUAUAGAUUAGCAUAGCCAUUCUUAAAAAAACAGCUUUUUUGUAGCAAUAUAAUCAUUGAAGCAGUCCUCAGCCCGUUAGAAUUAUGCGACAUUGAUAAGUAACUUAAUCCAUGGAUCCAUUGAGAAGUAGAAUUUUUACCAACCUUCUCCCUUAACUUUGCCCCGAUACAGAACACGAAAUACUUCCUAAAAUUCAAUAGCGUACUAAUCUGUGACCAAAUACAUGGUGUGGCCAAACAGAGUACUGAUCUCAACUUGAUGUACUUAGGUUGGUGGCCGUAAGGAAAUAUUUUAUUAAACAUCAAUGUUUCCCCCUUGUGUGAUGAGAUUUCUGACUGCCAUGUUGCCGAAGUGUAAGAAAUUAACUGAUCAAAGAUAUGAUGAUUAUUAAUAGAUUAAUUAUAAGGUUGAUACGAUACAUAUCUAUGUUUUCUUACAAAAAGCAGGAUGGUCAUGCAUAUUGUAGAAAUAUAUCCCUUGGCUAUUUAUCUGUACCUCAGAUCUAUUGGAUUUAGUGAAACUGAUUGCCACAUUAGAUACGGUUCUAAAAUUACCAAAACGGUGACCUAACUUGAAAUAAAUCAAGUGCUUGGACUGGGUGACGGAUUACGGUUGACGUAACAUUGCAAUCUAGUUAUUUUUGAAUUCGCUUUACUUAUGCUUAUGCAUGUCAAAUGCCUCUAAACCUUGACGAAUGUUUGCUAAACCCUGCUUGCGAAGAAAGCAAAUCGACUAAUCAGGGAUCGGUGAACACGACAAAUGGUACAGUAGUUCAACUGACGUUGAAUUGCUAAGCAAAUGUUUUGCAAAAAAGAAGAUAAUACAAAACUUUUUGUUUUUAGCUAGAACCUGAUUAAGAGCGUCUUAUGAAGAGUAAUUAGAUUUCUUAUAAGGAUAAGAAGGGUCCUCUCGAGUAGUAAAUCAUUUAUAUAUUUGUAGUUUACUAAAAUAACAUUCAAUGUAUUGCUUGUCUGUCUAUCAGAUAGAGUGUAAUUGAAAAAUUGGUUUUUACUUGGAUCCUGCUAUGGGGGACAAGCCGCAAACCGUGCAGCCCAAAAGCUGCAGUCAAAAUUCUCAUAAAAUGUGGUUGCUGAAGCUAGAGAUGUCUUCAAAACAUAUAUCCUUGGGCCAAUUGUUUCUUGUCGCAUAAUCAAGACAGCAACCCGUUUGAAAAAUAUAUUUAAAUUGCCCAGCAGCGCAAUUUGCAGCGGCUGCAACCCGGAAUAAAAUUGUAAAAUCCUUUAGCUGUAUUCGAACUAUAGACGAGCCUUGAAGCUUCGUCUCGGUAAGACACUCAGUAUAUAGCACCAGAUAUAUAACUCCCAAUCGAGUAUUUGCUUUUUGAAUUAAAGAUUUUAUCCAUUCUUCUUAUCCUGUCAUUUUACCUAGUCAUAGAAAAUUCUAAAGAGUUCUGUUUGUGAGAAAAAAUUUCGAAAAAUGGAAAGGUUUUUCAAAAUUUGCGAUCAAGCAGACAAAAAAAUGCUUCAGAUGGUCAAGCAUUUUUCGAUAUUCCGGCAAAUUAGCAGCAGAAUUUUUUAAUCGUCAGCAAGGUAUUGAUAAUAAAAAAUUGGCGAUGUUGAAGCAGGGGUCGGCAUAACAGUGUUGCUUUAGUUAGCGCUAGGUUCACGCAAAGCAAUUAUGGAUUUUCGUGAAAAAUUGAGGCUUUGAAGAAUGUGUAUAUUGAGCACCAUUGGGCAAUUUUAUACAUUCUAAAAACCGUGACAUGAAUUGCUUCUAUUCAAUAGUUUUAUUGAUAACAGCUUUUGAGCUAGUGGAUUAAUAUCUGUUUAUAUUUGUGGCAUAGAAGGUCAUUGUUCAAUGCUUCUACGUCAUUUUCUUUUUUCCAUUUUUCACCUCUUUCAAUAUCUUCUUUCGCUAUAUCAAUAUCUUCUUUUGCUUUAUCAAUAUCUUCUUUUGCUAUACGUGCUUCAUCUUCCUGCUUCUUUCUUUAAGAAGUGCUAUAUAUGCUUCAUCUUACUGGUUCCUCUUUCUUUCUUUCACCAUCUGCACCUUUUACUAUCAUCCUGCAUUGCUUUAUAUGCUUUGCCUUCCUGUUUCUUCAUUUUAUUUCUUCUUCUCAUUGCCUGUGCCUUCAACCAUAUUCUUAUAAUGUUUUAUAUGCUUUGUCUUCGUGGCCCUAAAUUUCUUCUUCUUUUUAUAACCUACGUCGCCUCCUAUUUUUUUGCAUUGCAAUAUGUGCUUCUUUUUCCUGCAUUUGCUUUAUUCGUCUUUUUUCCAACUCCAAAACUUUCCUGUAUUUUCUUACAUUGCGAUAUUUCAUCGUCAACUUUCUGCUUUGACCUUUUCCUUCCAUCCUCUGUGCUUUCUCCUACUGUUAGCAUUGUUAUAUAUGUUUUGUCUUCUUGUUUCUACUUUCCAACUCUACACAACUUUUCUUAUGCUUUCAGCAAUAUCCUUACAUUGUUAUAUGCUUCAACUUCUUGCUUCUAUUUUUUACUGCUUCUUACUUCCUUUGCCUUCAACUAUUUUCCAAUAUUGCUUUAAAUGAUUGGAUUUUCUGGUCCUAAAUUUUCUUCUAUUUACAGCAUCUGCGCUUUAUCCUAUCUUCUUACAUUGCCAUGUGUCCCGUUGUACUGCUUUUACUCGAUUCCUUGUUUCCACCUCCUGUGGCUUAUUCAUUGCUUCCUUUAUCAAUUUUCAUCAUUUCAUUUUUCACCAUUACCUUUUCUGAAGCAGUGGCUGCUUAAUUCCUUUCUUUUUUAAUAUAUUUUAGUCCCACAUCGCUACAAUCCCCUUCUAUUUCCUCCAACCUUUUCUAUACCUAAAGUUACUCCAGCAGCAAUUCAGUGAAUUCGUUCAGUUGAUGUCAAAAGUCCUUGGAGCUCCAAGCUAUCUGCGUUGUGAUUUUGUGUAUGAUACUUUUCCUUGCUUUUCUAAAUACUACUACUACUUUUGCCCCUUUCCCCCAGAAUAAUGGUAGUAGUUUAAAAAUAUACAAAGCAAGUCACAGGGAAAAAGGUACUCCACAGGCUUUUUCAUUAAUUUAGCAUAAGCCAACAUUGUUGAAAGUUAAAGGUUCUCUGUAACACAGGCUACUCUGACAAAGCUUCAUGUUAUCCUUUUGCACCAUUUGCGCAAUACAUUAAAUCUUUUGCCUUUAAUAAAUGAAUGACUCUGUAUUGCAUAUUUCGUUAUCUAAUCAAUACAUACGUCACUUCUUAGAAGCCAAAAAAUGAUUUUAAUGAAUCGUUUGGCUAACUUGUUUUC